AUGGAAAUAGAUUUAUCAAUCACAAAUGAAGUAUUAACAUAAAUUAGUACUCAAUAAUUAAAUAAUAUCAUUACUACACUAAUCCAUUUUAAUGGUGAAAAUAAACCAGAAAUUUAAGUAGCAUCUCAAAACACAGAAAAAUUUACUUAAUGCUUCUCCCAACUUCUUCAAGCAUUUAAGAUUUCCUAACCAGAUAUCUAAACUAUUACCAAUAAUCAAACUUCAUAAAUAGUUUUGUUUAAAUAUCAAGUAAUCAAUUCUGUCAAAGAAUAUGAAUGUUGCUUUUCAGCUUGCUUUAAUUAAGAUUUUACUAUUAUGAUAACCAGAUAUAUGGAUGGUAUUUUCAAAGUAUUUGAAUUUAAUUAAGGGAAUAUUAAACUUAUGCAAAGACUUAGUUAACACAAUGGCAUUGUAGGAUAAUUAAAUUUCAUGAAUAAUUCAAAUUUGUUUGUAUCUAGAAGUUUAGAUAAUGAUAUUAUAAUUUGGAAUUUCUUUUAAAAUAAAUAGUGCUAUGUCUAAUAAAAAAUAAUAGGACAUAGAAAUUUGAUUCGCUGGAUAGUAAUUAAUAAAGGUGAUGAUCUAAAGAUUCAGAAUGAAGUUUUGUAGAAUAGAUAAGUCCUGGUAAUGUCAUAAACGUUAAAUCAACAUAAUUUUAGAUGA